GGGCUCGGCCGAACCCCGCCCGGCGGCGGCGGGCAGCGGCAGGCCCCCGGGCGUCCGGUGGGCCGUCGGGAGGCGGGGCGGGGGAGGAGGAUUGAGGCCCCGCGCGGGGGGACCGCUAGGCGCCAGAUGUUUGGCAGCGGCCGGCGGCCCGAAUCGCUGCCGGGGCGCUGAGUCCCGCCCGAGCCGCGCCGCAGCGAGGCAGGGCCCCGCCAUGGCCCGCACGGCUCCCCCCGCCGCCCCGCCGCCCCCGGGGCCGCCGGCCCGCGGCUCCCUCAGCCUGCACCGCGCCUACCUGCGGAGCCCCCUGGGGCUGCUGCGUCUGGGGCAGCUGGUGAUGGGCGCCGCCUUCUGGGUCACCGUGGCGGCCCACAAGUACGAGGGGGCGGCCCACUUCGCCCUCUUCGCCGCAGUCCUCGUCUGGCUCCUCACCCUGGCCCUCUUCGGCCUCAGCCUUCUGGGGCGCUGGGCGCUGGUGCCCUGGCUGGGCUCCCGCUGGCUGCUCACCAACCUGCUGCACGACCUGGCGCUGGCCGUGGGGCUCUAUGCAGCCGCCACCGGCAUCAUGGGCUACAAGGCUGGGCGCAAGAGCUACUGCAACCUGCCGGGCUACAGCCAGCACUGCCUGUACGGCGCCUACCUGAGCGCCUCCAUCUGCGGCGCCAUCACCGCCUGCCUGUACCUCUUCUCCGGGCUCUACUGCCUGUCACGGCGCUGCCGGGACCAACGCGACAUCAUCUGAGACCCCGCGGCGCUCGGCUCCCCUUCUCCCCGCGCGUGGACGGACCGCAGCCCCCCUUCAGGACACAGUGACCCCGCCGCCUGUCCCCUCCCGGCUGACUGCACCGCGCUUCCUCUGGAGACCCCUGCACGGAUGGGCGGACAGACAGAGGCCUCCCCGAGCACGGCUCCCCCCGCGUCCCGCCAGGACAGCGUGGACACCCGCCUGCUGCUCGGGCCCCUUUUGCACCCCUGGACAGAAAGAUGGACGGAUGUAGGCGAGUCGAAGGACCCAAACGGGAAGCCCUCAAGAGGCACCGUGAUUUCUGGGAGCCCCGCGGGGCCCUGCCCAACUCCCCUGCCCCAGGCCCUGCAGAUGCCGCGUGCUCAGGUGGGUGCCAACGCUGCCCCCAGCGGGAGAAGGAGACCGGCCUGGAGGAGCCGAGCUAGGGGAACGGGUGGGCACAGCCCCCCACCCCGCCGGCAGCCCCUUGUGCCGUGCCCAGCUCCGCGGCACUUCUGUUGUUCUCUAAUGGAGGCUCUGAUUUCGGCUUCCCCAGCCCGGGCCCCUCCUCCUGCCCAGCCUGAACACGUCUGCUUGCUUCCUGGAACUGCGCGGGGCGCAGCCCCUCCCUGCCCCGCAGACACCCGGGGCCCGCUCCGGAUGCUUGGCACGGCCUCACCCGGCGGUGCCCCCGCCCUGUCCCGCUCAGCGGCCGGGCAGCAAAGCCUCCAGCGCCGCCAAAGCCUCUGUUGCUGCCGUGCC